CACACACACACACACACACACUUAUUGACGACUUCCUUCGCCACUGAGUUAUGUUGUAAUAUUUUAAAGAAUACAAGUUACAAUAAAAACAAAUAAUAAACAAUUUUAAAAGGGCCCGAUUCUUUCCCGAUCCUGCCCGAUUCGAUCCUGUUCAUUUCAGACCUAUCCUGCACUACGAGUUCCUGUCCAUUUCUGCCCGAUCCUGCUAUGCCGAAUCCUGUAAAUAGUCCAGCCCGGAGUUCGGAGUUGUCGUCUGCUGAGAAGUAGGCUAUGAUCGUUUGCGACAGAAUUGUCUCAUUAACUGUCAAGUUAUGUUUUUGUUUCACAAUCAGAUAAUAAUCAAGACAUCGAUGUGACUUGAAAGAAACAUCGCGAAAUUAAUGGUAAUUGUGAUAGAAACGAAAGCGGAAGUAAUAAAAAGUGGAAAUCCCGAUGAUCACCCUACUCAUCGAAGGUGGAGACAGCGCAAUGGAACCAGUCUUUACUUGAGAAUUGCAAAAGUUUGAGAAGGGUGAAGUUAAAGGUGAAGUUGAUAUAACACCGGGAGUCACCAUGAAGACGCUCCACCUUGUCGCCGUGGUAUUGGUCGCAUAUGGGGUACAAAUGGUGCUGUCUGACUCUGAGAAUGGUUCUUCGCUUGCAGACCUAACAAGCAAUGGAUGGGCUUUUAUUGCUUGUACGGUGGCAGUUAUAUUAGUUGGAUGGCUCUGGUGUCGCUUCACAGACGAGCCUACUGUUGAAAUAGAAAAUAAAUACUACACUUUUGAAGUAGGACAACAAGCAGAAUUGAGGUGUUCAGUGUUAUGUGCUUUUCCAUUCAUCAAAUCUGUUACCUGGGAACAUACAUCACCUGGUGGACGACCCAUACAGCUUGAUUUAGAUCUGCCUGAGUAUACAAGAUCUAAACCAGAUCACCUUAUAAUCAACAAAACAGUAAAAUCUGACGAAGGGCAAUAUGUGUGUACUGUCUCCAGUUGGUACGGGAAACGACGGAGUACAACAACUAAACUGACUCUGGUAGAAGGAUCAACAUCCUCAUGUGUGUACAAACCUUCUAUGGCUGCCACGUAUCCUACCACCAAAAAGACCACCAACUUCGCCAGAAUCUGUAGAUUGGUGGUUGAUGUUUUUCCUGACAUAUUCAGGCAGUUACUUGUCGCUCGACUGCCAGCAUCUGGACUGACCACUGCUCUUCGUACCAACAGGAAAGUGAUUUUCCCUCUGCUGAAUUUUCAGCAGAAAAGAAUACUUUACCCACAAGUUGGAGUGUUCCGAGGUUCUGAGAAGGAUUUGGAUGUAUCUCUCCUCUACAUCCUUCUAAGGAAUCUAGUGAACAUCCCACCUCAUAAAAAUGGGUGGGGAAGAGAUCCAGAUAUUGCAGAUCGUUCGCUGUCGGCCAACAUCGACCGCCUCCGUAGUCAGAGAAAUGAGGCUUACGGACAUGCGAAGUCUGCCUCUAUCUCUGAUACAGAUUUUCAGACUAGGUGGGCCGACAUCCGACAAAGUAUCGAAGAUCUGCAGAGUGGUGGUCAUAUCACAGGGACAUUCGUAGUAGCUGUGGAUAAGAUAGGCACCAUGAGGAUGGACCCCAGUACAGAGAGGAAUUUUAUAGCUCUGGUAAAGGAGAUGGAAGGGGAAAUCUGUGAUGUAAAACAGAGACAAGACGAGAUGACAACUGACAUGGACAACCUAAAAGGCACUGUUGAUGCUGUGAGUGGUGAUGUUGAUGCUGUGAAGAAAGAUGUCAGUGACAUGAAACAAACAUCAGCCAAAAAUGCAGGUAUAACAGACAAUUAUGUUGGUGUGUUGGUAAAUAUGACUUGGGACGAACUUCAAAAAUCUUCUUUUGAAUUUCUUCUGAAGUUGAACCCAUGAUAUUUUGUCAUUAGGUAGU